AGUUGGUUCCUCUUUUCUCAGUCAGUCUCACUCGGCUGACUUCCUCGUCCAGUGGCCAGCGCUGCACUUCCCCCUCCUCACGCAGGCGGCUGAAAAGCAAAAUGGAUGUCCACCUCUGAGAGAGCAAUGAUGCCUGAUGCUUGUGAGGUGGUUUGACUCUGACAAAUAUUCCACAGCAGCUGAACUCAUCACACUUGUGGUUGGACCGAGGAAGAAAGCAUCAUGGGCUGCGUGGGCUCAAAGAAGGAGCACGAACCUUCAGAAAAGGAGUCAGGCAGCGAUCAGAACCGUGCACAGGCUGCCCACUAUGUGAAGGACCCUACGUCGGGAAAAUUUGGGAACAGCGCAGGCAAAAUUUCGUCCGGCGGCAGCUUGCCUGACGGCGAGGGAGACGUCAUCGCCAUGGCGCUGUACGACUAUGAUGCGAUACAUGAUGGAGACCUCGGCUUCAAGAAGGGAGACAAACUCCGCAUCUUGGAGGAGUUAGGCGAGUGGUGGAAAGCCAUGCUCAUCAGCACGGGCCAGGAAGGAUAUAUCCCCAGCAACUACGUGGCCAAAGACACCUUGGAGGCAGAGGAGUGGUUCUUCAAGGGCGUGAGCAGGAAGGAUGCUGAGCGGCAGCUGCUGGCCAGCGGCAACAAAGUGGGAUCCUUCAUGAUCAGAGACAGCGAGACGACCAAGGGCGCCUACUCCCUGUCCGUCCGGGACAAUGCUGUCCAGUCUGUGGAGAAGGUUAAACAUUACAAGAUCCGCACGCUGGACAACGGAGGGUACUACAUCUCUCCACGCAUCACCUUCAACACCCUGCAGGAGCUGGUCAGCCACUACAAGAAGCAGGGAGAUGGCCUCUGCCAAACUCUGACAACCGCCUGUCUGAGCCCCAAACCAGAGAAGCCCUGGGAGAAGGACGCCUGGGAAAUCCAGCGCUCCUCUCUGAAGAUGGAGCGAAAACUGGGAGCUGGACAGUUUGGAGACGUGUGGCUGGCCACGUACAACAAACACACCAAGGUGGCGGUGAAAACCAUGAAGACCGGGAGCAUGUCAGUGGAAGCCUUCAUGGCUGAGGCCAACCUGAUGAAGACCCUGCAGCACGAUAAGCUGGUCCGCCUGCACGCCGUGGUCACCAAGGACGAGCCCAUUUACAUCAUCACCGAGUUCAUGGAGAAAGGUAGUUUACUCGACUUCCUGAAGAGCGAUGAGGGAGGUCGCAUUCUGCUCCCCAAGCUCAUUGACUUUUCCGCGCAGAUUGCAGAGGGCAUGGCCUUCAUCGAGCAGAGGAACUACAUCCACAGAGACCUGAGAGCAGCCAACAUCCUGGUCAACAAGGCGCUGGUGUGCAAAAUCGCAGACUUUGGCCUGGCUCGUAUUAUCGAGGACAACGAAUAUACUGCCAGAGAAGGAGCUAAAUUCCCCAUUAAGUGGACUGCACCUGAAGCCAUCAACUUUGGGUCGUUCACUAUCAAAUCAGAUGUUUGGUCCUUUGGGAUUUUGCUGACGGAGAUCAUCAGCUAUGGGCGAACACCGUACCCAGGAAUGACAAACCCGGAGGUGAUCCGAUCCCUGGAGAAGGGAUACCGCAUGCAGCGCCUGGAUAGCUGUCCCAAGGAACUGUACGACAUCAUGCUGGAGUGCUGGAAGAACAAGCCCGACGACCGUCCCACCUUCGAUUACCUGCAGAGCGUCCUGGAGGACUUCUACACCGCCACAGAGAGCCAGUACCAGCAGCAGCCAUGAGAAAUGUCAAGAAGUGGCACGGCACAUAUUCAUUUUUAUUUCCAUCCACAGGUCCAGGUUCUACCACAAGCUGUACAGAUAAUAUUUUUAUAUGUUGCCUCAAAAAACUUCCCACAGUUGUUGGGAUAGAUUCUUGGCACCUUUAAGGGAAAUACAUGAGCAAAACCUCAGAGACAAAAUUCUAUAAUUAUAAUUGGGCCUAUUUUCUGUUUUUCUCUAAAUAUAUGAAUAUGAUUCUUUGUGCCUUACAUUAUUUCUUAUUUAUUACAUUUACAAAAAUCGCAUUUUUUUAAUGCAAAAAUGCUUAAAUAACAAGGGGUGGGAGACAUUUCUGUUGUAUGCUAUGUAAAGUGUAAGCAUUUUAAUUAUGAUCUGUGUUUGUUAUGAGACUCUUACUUUGUGGAAAAAAGGAAAUAAACGUUGAGUUCACUGUCGCUGUGCUAUCGUUACAUUCGCCGCAUACUUCACCAUGGAAACAACUGAGAGUUCCAGGUUCAGAAUCCUUCUGAAAUGGUCAAAUAAUGGGCAACAAUUUCUCUUUGGAGAUUAAUAAUCUAUCUAUCUAUCUAUCUAUCUAUCUAUCUA